CUAUUAGGCCUAUAGGCUUAUGAAAGUUACAGUUUAAGCUUGUUUGACGUGACUCACGUGGCCGCUUCGGGAGAGUUUAGACCAGGGAAAUACGGGAAGAUAGAAUUUUUUUAAAAUGGAGAGCAUGGGUGUGAUAACAGCGGAAGACGUUGAAAAGCUGGGAAUCGAGGAUGCAUUGGUUUGUAUGUUAGUACCAGGAGGAUGGGUACCUCGUCUUGGAGGGGUUUCUGGACCCAGAGGAGUGCGAUGUGCUAAGGGAGAGAAUGAGUGAGAUUGUGGAGAGGAUGGAUGUCCCACAACAUUGCAGGAUCGAGUUCUCAACUGUUCACGAUGAGCAACUGAAGACCCAGGGAAACGCUGAUUAUUUUAUCACCAGUGGGGAUAAGAUUCGGUUCUUCUUUGAAAAAGGUGUUUUUGAUGAGAAAGGAGACUUCAAUGUGGCCAGAGAAUGCUCUCUGAACAAAAUUGGACAUGCCUUACAUGCUUAUGAACCUCUGUAUAAAAAUGUAACACAUUCCCAAAAGGUUCAGAAUAUGGUUAAGAAGCUGGGUUUAAGGAGUCCUGUGAUUUUGCAGAGUAUGUACAUAUUCAAGCAACCUGGGAUUGGAGGAGAAGUGACUCCACAUCAGGAUGCCACCUUCCUGUACACAGAGCCACUGGGCAGAGUGAUGGGGCUUUGGAUUGCACUAGAGGAUGCCACCUUGCAAAAUGGCUGUCUGUGGUUCAUUCCUGGGUCACACAAGAAUGGGAUCACAAGGCGAAUGGUCAGAACCCCAAAAGGUUCCUUCCCUUUGACAGACUUUGUUGGAACAGAGCAGAACUAUGACGACAAGCUUUUUGUCCCUGCACCAGUCAAGAAAGGAGGACUGGUUCUGAUCCAUGGGGAGGUGGUACACCGUAGUGCUCAAAACGUCUCCAACCACUCGCGUCAUGUUUACACCUUCCACAUCAUGGAGUCUAAGGACACAAAAUGGAGCCCUGAGAACUGGUUGCAACCCAGCCAGGAUCUGCCCUUCCCUCCUCUCUACACCUAAAACCAGCAGCCAUGUUCCACCACAUCAGCGAGAAUGUAAACGGCAGCUUUCUCGCACUCAGUGUUCUCGUGGGAGCUACACUGAGACUUUCCUGUGAAGUACUGACAGCACCACUUACUAAUUACACUUGAAUUUUAAGUUAAUAGAAUUGCUGCACUGAAGCCAGAUAACAACCUGCAAAGAACAGCCAACUGAAAUGAAAAUAACAGAAUGAUGCCAUUAAAAAAUCUAAACAUUAA